AUGCCCACCACCAACGGCACCUCCUCCCCCAACAACUCCAAAUUCCUCUCCCACCUCACCACCUACCCCGUCGUCUCCGACGGCGUCGAGACCUUCAAAUCCAACCCCUACGGCAAGAAAUCCCUCGACCUCGCCGACAGCGCCUACCAACGCUUCGCUAAGCCCGUGGAGCCGUACCUCGAGACGCCGUACAGCUACGCGAAGCCGUACGUUGCUAAGGCGGAUGAGUUGGCCGACGAGGGGUUGGGGAAGGUGGAGAGUCGGUUCCCGAUCGUGAAGGAGGAGACGGGGGCGAUUGUGGAGAAGGGAAGGAGUGUGGCCGGGUGGCCGCUCCAACUCGCUGGUGAAGGGAGGGACUAUGUCGUCAACACCUGGAACGACGAGUACAACAAAACCGCCUCCCACAAGUCCCGCUCCCCCGCCACCCUCCCCACCCUCUUGCUCGCCAUGAUCUCCUUCCAACUCCGCCUCGCCUCCGACUUCUUCCAGCUCGUCGCCGACUUCCUCGGCCCCAAGUACGAGGAGGGCAAGUCGAAAGCCUCCGACUACGCUCAACAAGCCCAAGAGACCGCAGACGAGUACACCAAGUUCGGCAAGGAGAAGGCCAACGACCUCCAGAAGAAAGGCGACGAGUACACCAAACAAGCGCAGGAUAAGGCGGGCGAGGUGAAGAAGGAAGGCGAGAAGCAGGCGGAUGGGAUGAAGAAGGAAGGCGAGAAGAAAGUCGACGGCGCAAAGCAGGAGGCUGGGCAGAAGAAGGAGGAGGUGAAAGGGAAGGCGCAGAAGUAG